AAUCAGAACGCAGGCAGAGACGCCCAUGUGGAAAGAGGCAAAGAAGUUAUUGUUUUCUUUGUGGUUUUUAAUGAACUUUACUCCGUCCGUUUGACUGGAAUACACCCAUAUUAGUAGGAAGGGUCCAGAUUCAGAAUGAUCUCGUAAACAACGAGGUGUCCAAGAAAAAUGGCAGAAUUUCCUCCGAGACAUCCAGGUUUUGGGAUUUCUGGGAAGUGUUUUCUCAUUGAGAAUCUGUUGCGUCCAGGGAAUUCUUCACCUGUUGGUCGGCCUUCAUCAGGUGUCCGUCUGAAGAGAUGUUUUCCAACUCUGGUUUACGGACCUCUGGGUAUGGUGCCAGAAGGGAAGUUUGUCUCUCCGGAAAACCACAUGUGUCCUCAAACAAAGGAUAGGAAAGAAGGAAUCGGUUCUGCAAUGUGGAGUCCAGCGAUGAACUCCAGAUCCAGACUUGGAAUUCUGCGGCGGGCCGUGUUCUCAGAGGAACAGAGGAAAGAACUGGAGAGAAUGUUCUGCACACAGAAAUAUAUAAGCAAGACUGAUCGCAACAGACUGGCCACAGAGCUCUGUCUGAAAGAGACACAGGUGAAGAUCUGGUUCCAGAACCGCAGAAUGAAAUGGAGGAACUCUAGAGAGAAGGAGAGCACGUGUACACGGCCGGCGGUGGAGCGACUGACAGUCUGGAGCGAAUCACAACCAGCAAACGCACAAAAGAAAUCCACCACAGACGACACACACACACCAUUCCACAGCCGAACCAGAGAGAUCAGACCAGAGCAAAGAUGAUUUGUGUUGUUGUUUUUCUCAUAGAAGUGAGACAAUUGACUAACAACAAGAUGGAACUCAAGAGAAGGGACUCAAACAUUAAAAUGUCUUGCUAGAAUAUGUUGAUAUUGUAUAGCUCAAUAUGGCAAAUUUGAAUGAAUGCCACAGCUGUUUACUUUUCAGACAGACGUUCUGAAGUGUAAUUAUGUGUUGUUAUGAUUUGAACUGUCGCUAGUAGUCCUGUCACAACAGUCACUGAGCUCUUUAUAAGAUGCAUUUCAGUAACUAAUUACUGUAGUGUUUAUUUUUGAUUUUGCAUAAAGUGUAAAUUGUAAAUUGACAAC